AUGGAUCACCUCAAGAAAAGGGAGAUCCGUGAACUGAAUGAGAAAGCAUGGGAAGGACAGACUGAUGUCUUCCCCGUAAGCAAGACCCUCGACUCGGCGCUCAAGAAAAACACAGCUUUCAUCAAACGUCUCCGCACCGGUAUCAGUGCUUCCGCCCUCGCUACCUUCCUGACGGAUAUCCGCACCCUCUCGUUGCACAAGUACCUCUCCGAGAUCAUCUCUGCCUGCUAUGAAGGACUUUGCAAACUCAAGUCGCCCGGCGAAAUCGCCGCGGGGGUCGAGAUCGUGUGCGCUUUGCACCAGCGAUUCGGUCCGGCCGAGUUCACGCGGCAGAUUGGAUGGCUUCUUGGACGUGGCAUGAGCUCCAUGGACAAGGCCUCGUUGAAGACAUUGCCCCAGGAGAUGCGCGAGCGCGAGGAAAAGGAUCGUCUGAGCCGGCACCGAAUCCUUCUGCGUGUGGUGACGGAGUUGUGGUUGGUUGGUGUCCUGAGAACGCUCGACGAUACGGAGAGACCCGAGGAUGCCAGAAAGGAUGCUACAACAGGCAAGUUGCCUGAUCUGGUGCCCAUGAGAGCGACAAAGACAGCGGCGGCUUUAAAAGAGUUGGAGAAGCAGGCUGAGCCCUUUCCGCUGGAAGUCCUCAAGGAUCUACUUGGCCACGAUCGCGACCACACCAAUUUGCCACUUGCCGUGUUAUUUGUGAAGAGCUUUAGCUGGGAUGUUCUUGGGACUAAGCUGGUCGAGGAGGGCCGAAAGACUGUCGAGGCGGAUGGCGCCACAUCAAAACCCAACGGCGGAGAACACGAGGCUACAGACAGCCAUGCGGAGACAACUCUAGAAUCGGACCCGCCAUUGGUUCCGGAGAAGACGCAGCAGCGUUUCAGGAACAUCUUGACUCGGUAUCUUGACGAUGUCAAGGCCCAUGUGGUCCGCGACCAGAAGGCACUUGCAUCGCAGAGCCGACGCAAUGCCGAGGCUUACGUGAAGAGCGGCGAGAUCUUUGAAGACCGACAGUCCAAUUUCGAGAAGCAGUCCAAAUCACUCGAGAAGCUGGUCGCCAAUACUCAAGUACUCUGCGAGGCACUAGGUGCAGAGAUGCCUGAUCUCGUCGAGAAGGAGUCUGCAGAUGCCGGCGGCAGCGGUGGCAUCGGCCUAGUCAAGACCACGGAGUACCUUCGUGGUCAAGGUGAUGGUGCCGGGAUCUGGGAAGAUGAAGAAGAGAGGCGUUUCUACGAAAACUUGGUAGAUCUGAAGGGUAAAGUACCUGCCGUGCUUCUCGAGGAUGGGAAGAAAAAGAAAGGGGAGGGUGAAGAAACCGGGAAGAAGAAGCAAGACGGCGAAUCUGAAGGUGCUGUGGAAAAAUCGACCGAGACAGCUGAGGAUCGUGCUGCGGCGGAUGCGGACGACCAGUCGACAGCCAUUGCCAGCAAAACGGUCGGCGCCCAGGUUGACGCUCUUCUGAGCAAGCUACCUGAGUUGCAGACCAAGGAUCAAGUUGAUCAAUUCGCAUUGGACUUUUGUUUUGUCAACUCCAAGGCCUCUCGAAAUCGACUUGUUAAGGCCGUUUCCGACAUUCCCAAGGGCCGAAUUGAUCUCCUGCCGCUAUACGCUCGCCUAGUCGCGACGCUUGGACAAUAUCUGCCGGAUAUUCCACAAGGCUUGACCACCUAUCUCGACGAAGAGUUUCGAAGUCUGCAACGGCGCAAGUCGAAGGAAUUCUUGGGUCAAGUGCGUAUGAGCAAUGUGCGAUAUCUGGCUGAAUUGACCAAGUUUGGCGUGGUUCCCGAACACAUCAUCUUCCACUGCUUCAAAGUCUCAUUGGAUGACUUUUCUCGUAUGAAUAUUGAGAUCAUCGGCAACUUGCUGGAGAACUGCGGUCGUUAUCUCCUUCGCAACCCAGAGACGUCGCCGCGCAUGGCUUCAUUCCUGGAGACUCUGAGUCGAAAAAAGACUGUGCAGCAUCUGGGUCAACAAGAGCGGAUGGUCAUUGAAAACGCCGUCUACUACGUCGACCCGCCUCCAAGACCCGCCAUCCAGCAGAAAGAAAGAACUCCCGUGGAGCAGUAUGUCCGCCGGCUGAUUUACCUGGACAUGAAUAAGCGCAACUACACCAAGGUCCUAAAGACGAUCCGCAAGCUCCAUUGGGAAGAGCAGGAAGUCGUGGACAUUCUCGAGCGUGUCUUCAGCAAGCCAGUCAAGGUCAAGUAUGGCAGCAUCCACCUUCUAGCGAUCUUGAUCAGCGCGCUUUAUCGCUAUCACCAAGUAUUCGUGAUUGGCAUUGUGGACAAUGUUCUGGAGCAGAUCACGCUCGGCCUUGAACUGAACGACUUCAAAUUCAAUCAGAAGCGAAUCGCCGAGGUAAAGUAUCUUGGAGAGCUCUAUAAUUACAAGAUGAUCGAUUCGCCCGUCAUUUUUGAUACGCUGUACCGCAUUGUUACAUUCGGCCACGAGGGCGGCACUCCUGUACCAGGUAGAAUUAGUCCUCUUGACAUGCCGGAUGACUUUUUCCGACUUCGUCUUGCUUGCACCCUCCUUGAUACCUGUGGUCACUGUUUCGACCGCGGUUCUGCGAAGAAGAAACUUGAUUUCUUCUUGACUUUCUUUCAAUAUUACCUCUUUACCAAGGACCCUUUGCCCAUGGAUGUGGAUUUCCUGGUCCAGGACACUUACUCUAGUCUGCGUCCUCAGUGGAAAUUGGCCACCGAUCCAGAAGAGGCUACUCGCAUCUUCAGCGAGGCGGUCGCACAGAACUACAAUGUGCAAGACGCGGAAAGACAUGCAGAUCUUGAGGAAGAGGACGCGGAGAGCAGCUCUUCUGACGAAGGACUGGAGGAUGACGUCAUUCCUGAGAUUGAAGAGGAUCAAGAGUCGAGCGACGAAGCCGAGGCUUCUGGACCGAAUGUGGAUGUCAAUGAUGAGAGUGACUUUGAGGAUGAGCACAUUGUUGUCACUCGUCAAGAAGAAGAGCGCGACCCCGAGGCCGAAGCCGAUUUUGAUCGGGAGUUCGAGAAAAUGAUGGCGGAGAGUAUGGACUCGAGACGCUUUGAGCGGAAGGGAGUCUUUGAUAUUCCUUUGCCUAUGAAGAGAGUACCUCGUGAACAUCUUCCAACCGAAUCGUCCACCGAGUCGGCCACACCAGAGCCUAUUCCGACAAAGACCGUGGCUUUUUCUUUGAUGACGAAGAAGGGUAACAAGCAACAGACACGCACCAUUGAUCUUCCUUCCGAUUCUAGCUUUGCUGUUGCUAUGCGCACUCAGCAACAAGCUGAUCGGGAAGAACAACAGCGUAUCAAGAGCUUGGUACUUAACUACGAGGCUGCAAACGAACCCGAGGAAGCCGAGACCUUUGAAAAGCGCAUUCCUGCCAACCAGCGUGUGGACAAGUCUGCCGCCAACCGGUCCGCAUUCCGGUCUCGCAAACUCCAGCUUAGUGAUGUGAAUUGGUGA